GCCGCGGAGGCGACGCCGACGACAGGCGUAGUUCUGUCGAUAGCAGAUUACGAUGCGCUCCUAGACAGGCUUAGGCAAGCCGCUACAGCAUCCGUACCACCACCGAUACCAGCCCCUUCGUCGACAGUGGCGCUUCCCCCAGCUUUCUCCCCGGCUGCUUCGUCCUCGGCCACGCCGGUGUUCUCCAAGGCGAAUUUGCAAAAGCAAUUCGAUUUCAACUCUGGAGUCAUUAAGCUGAUUACCCCCGUUCUGUUAGGAGCUUCAUCAGAAGCUGACAAGGACAACCUCGGAAAGGCAAUCACGGCCCUCACGCAGAGGAACGAGUUGUUAGUAGUGGCAGACAAGGACCCGUCAGUAUGGCAGUUCUACGAUCGUCAGGUGGAAGCGCAGCAGAUUGGCCGUUACUAA